GUUUUGGUGGAGUAACCAGAUAUUUUCCGACUGAAACUCAAAAUUCAAUUUUUCGCUAAUUAUGCUGGAGAGUGGAAACAGGAUGGCGACGCCAGUGCUCCAUUGCUGCAUUAUAUUUCUGCUCUUGGCUUUGGCUCUCAUCGUUGUAAAAAUCCAAUCUUUUUCCCCUUAUGAUUUGGGGUUUCCAAGUGUUAGUCCCAGAUUUCUCUCGAGUCUAUCUGGCGUCACUGAUGUGUCUUGUUGAUAAAACUAAAAUCAAAAUUAUGCAAGAUCAAUGUUCCAAUCCCUGCAAAAAGCUUAGUUUUACUUCCAAAAGCAAUGCUGACAUGUCGGCCAUUGGUGAUCUUGAAGAUAGGAUUCAUGCAAAAGAAACGUUAAAGCAGCGAAUCAGACAAAAAGAACAGUGCACCACCACCGACAACAUCAAUAUAUAUAGUUUAGUUCGGAUUCCUCGAUGCUGCACUUCUUUGUGGCUUCUGGCAUUGGAGACAUCUUCGCUCUUAAAGGACGUGAGGAGUCUCAUUGUAAGGCUUUCCUGGAGCCUCGACAGAUCUUGGCAAUUUUGGGCAGUAGCAAGCAACAAGUAUUAUGUCGACAAUGCAUAACAUUUUUAUGAGUCCAACAAAAACGGGCUGCAUCGUUCUGUCUAUCCUUGUUCUUUUCCUAUACACUUUAAGCCCCGCUGAUGACACGUCAAUGGUCUUCAUGGGCUGCGUUUUUGUGCAUGUAAUCAUUAUUAUGGCAUUUGUUAUGAUAUAUGAGAUUUGUUCUACACGUCGAGCUCGAGGCAGAACAAGUAGUACAUCUGUUAACCGCUUGAUUGGUUGUGAUACACUCCAUCACUAUGUGCCUUCAUCAGAAGCUUUUCCAACCAGAAGAAGAUUGCAGGAGCUGAGGCUCCAAGUUGCUCUUCUAGAUCGUGAACUUGUUGAGUUUGAAAACUUAACCUUAAGUGAGUUGCCUUCUGCUAGUGUUUUCGGAAUUCCUUCCAUGAAUGAAGAAGAGAUAAAUGCCUUACCUGUUCACAAUUACAAAGGCAUUGGUCUAGAGAGUGAGGAUGCACCACUGGAACAAGGCUCAUUUUGUGCAGCCUCAGCUAAGGGAUAUUGGAGGAUAGGUAUAACAGAGGAUCCCUCAUGUGACGAAUCGACAUGUAAUAUUUGUUUCCAGCAAGUUAUAAAGGGAGACCUUGUUCGUAGCUUGCCAUGUUUACAUCAGUUUCAUAGGAGAUGCAUUAACCCGUGGGUCGCAGUGAAUGCUUCAUGUCCAAUCUGUAAAUUUAUGCUGGAGUCAGGAGCGCAGCAAAGCAUCGAGAGUGUGAUUAGUGAUGAUGAAAUGGUCUGAGCACUUGAAAAACUUUAAGAUAUGUUUGAAUUCUAUUUCCAGUCUGCUUUUGAGAAUAAAAGAAUUCUUACAAGAAUUCUCACUGCAGUUUUAAUAACUUGUUGCUGCAGUAUGUAAAUAAACAGAAGACUCUACUAUGUGUUGUUGCACUUUUCUCUUCGUUUCUAAGUUAUGUAACCCUGAGGGUUCUGUUACUGUGAAAUGCAUGUUAAAACUCGUCUUUGUAGUAGUAAACCAUGUUUUUUGCUA